ACAACGCCCCCGGCGCGCCCCCAGCCCGCAAGACGUGCCGCCGGGUGACAGCCCCCCCACACAGGGUCACACCUCCUUUGACGUCAGAGACCGGCCUCCCCGUGACGUCAUAUCACCAGCCGGCUGCGGAGAGAAAACCGGCUUCUGCCGGACACGGGAGUCACAGAGCGGGGAGACCGGGGGAGGGGACCGGGGAACGGGGAUGAGCAGCGGCAGCAGCAGCGGAGCCUGAUCCCGACCGAGAUGUCUCACAGCAAGGACACCCUACUGCACCUGCUGGCUGGAGGGUGCGCGGGAACGGUGGGCGCCAUUGUUACGUGUCCCCUGGAAGUGAUAAAGACGCGGCUCCAGUCCUCAGGAAUCGCCAUCCAUUCGGUUUACUACCCUCAGGUUCAGCUGGGGACCCUGAGCGGAGGAGGGGUAGUGAGGCCGGCCCCCUCAGUCUCUCCCAGCCUUCUUCAGGUUCUCAAAUCCAUCCUUGAAAAAGAAGGACCAAAAUCUCUUUUCCGAGGGCUGGGUCCUAACCUAGUUGGCGUUGCUCCUUCCAGGGCUGUCUACUUUGCAUCGUACUCAAAAGCCAAGGAGCAGUUCAACGCUGUGUUCGUUCCCAACAGUAACCUGGUGCAUAUGUGCUCGGCAGGAUGUGCAGCAUUUGUGACGAAUACAAUGAUGAACCCUAUCUGGAUGGUGAAAACACGGAUGCAACUACAGAGGAGGGUGAGAGGUUCCAAGCAGAUGAAUGCCCUGCAGUGUGCCCGCAACGUGUAUCAGACAGAGGGGAUGCGGGGCUUCUACAGGGGUCUCACAGCCUCCUACGCAGGGAUAUCGGAGACCAUUAUCUGCUUUGUCAUAUACGAGGGCCUGAAGAAGCACUUGGAGGAACUGCACCUGGCAGCAGCUAACACGAAUGCAGGAGAGAAAACUUCUGCCAACUUCUUAGGGUUAAUGCUUGCGGCAGCAUUCUCCAAAGGCUGCGCCUCCUGCAUUGCAUACCCACACGAGGUCAUCCGCACCAGACUGCGAGAAGAAGGAAGCAAGUACAACACAUUCUGCCAGACGGCGCGCUUGGUGGCGCGGGAGGAGGGCUACGCAGCCUUCUACAGAGGACUUUUAGCCCAACUCUUCCGGCAGAUUCCCAACACUGCCAUUGUGCUGUCCACAUAUGAACUCCUAGUCUAUCUGCUGCGUGAUAAACCUAAGUAGCCCCCCGAGCUUCGCAUGGACACUGACCAAACUGUAGGGCGGCCGGACAUUGCGUGCCCCUCUCACCCACAGGACAUCUCCUUUUUGUUUUCUUUCUGGGAGGUUUUAAUUCUCAUUAACGUUAGUAGUUAAUUUGUAUAUUUUGCUACUUUUAAACCUGCAGCCGCGAUUCUCACGGACGCUGCUCGGUACUGGAUUACACUAUUUAAUAUUCACGCGCCUUGGUUGGCACGGCAUUUUUCACAAGUCGCAUCUAAUUUAUAUCUAUAAAGAAGCAGAGUGAAGGAA